AUGAACUUUUUGAAUACUUUAUUUUACUUAUCGGUAUGUGUGUAUGUUAAGUCAGAAUCCAUAGAUCCAGAUCUUAUCACUGAUGUUUAUUAUAAUUCGUACUUGAACGAAUACUAUACCACCACAAUCCACCUUUCAGGAUUUUCUCUGUUCUACGCUAAUCCAACUGUUGCCUCAGAAAAUAACAACUUUUAUGGCGUGUCAAACUGGUCAGAAUAUAGUGAGUACUAUAUUAGUUUUGUUUCCAAGUAUCAAACAGAGUUGAACUCCCUUUGGUCUGCUAACGGCUACACUUCGAUAGAUGUAUUGUCGAACGCUUUAUCCUACGUGUCUGAAAACCUGCCAACGGCUUCAGAAUCGUCGUUUGAUAAUUUUAUUAAAAGUGGCUCCACUUUAUACAUUUACAUCACGUCAAUACCCAUUAUGACAACCAGCAGCUCUGAUAUGCAACAAUCGGAUACGGCUGGGGCUUCAUCACCAACCACAUCACAAUCUUCACCACCAACCACAUCACAAUCUUCACCACCAACCACAUCACAGCCUUCACCACCAACCACAUCACAGCCUUCACCACCAACCACAUCACAAACUUCAUCUCCAACCACAUCACAGCCUUCAUCAUCAACCACAUCACAACCUUCGUCGCCAUCACCAACAACGGCCGCACCAAACCCCCUGACAGCUGAUUCUACCGACAAGGUGAAGACCUUAGGAAACGGAGGAGCUAACUACCAAUCACUGAAAGCUUUGUUUGUUUUAUGUUCAUUUUUGUUUUUGGCCAAUCUCUUAUAG